GCGGCGCCGCGGGCUGCGGCGGGCCCUCGGUCAUCGCGAGGUAGGCUUCUAAGGCUUCUAAGUCCCGCCCCGGGGCCCUCCUAUGCUUCUUCUUCUUCUUCUUCUGCCGACCGCGCGGCGGCGUCUCCAACGUCCGUCGCCGGCGUGUGUCGUCGUCGUCGUCGUCCGGCGUCCGUCGCCUUCCCGACGACGGCGGCGGCGCGUCCUCGGGGUUUGUGCUGCUCAACGAGUCCAUGAUUUGUAGCAGGUGCGUAUCCCGUCGGUCGAACAUGUCUUUGCGUUCGCGCGCCUUUGUGCAUGUCGCCAGAUCUCCCAUGAACAUAGUCAUGGCCCUUCUUUCCCUCACGUGCUCCCGAUUCAAAGCCUCGGCCGCGGCGGCCCGCUCGCGCAGCCGGUCGUUGUCUUUUUUUAGGCUAGCAUUCUCUUCCUCGACGAUUGCCAGCCUGUCCGUCAAUGUAAUCUGACCGACGACGCUUAAAGGUACGGACUCCUCGCUGUUCGGCGGCGGCGCAGCGGCGCUCAUCGUGCGCUGGCCUCCUUCGAUUGAUGCAGUAGGCUUGUGCGCGCGGCCGCACGCAGUUGUGCUGUUUUCAACGGUCGAUGUAGGUCAGUAAACGAUGCUACAACUGUUGCCAAAACGUUUUGCGACGGAGCAAUCGCCUAUGCAGCUGCCACUCU